AUGCGUCAUAAGUUAGUGGUGUUUAACUUUCUAGUUAUUACUGGAUUAGUAUUGGGUUUAGUUAAAGCAACCCAAGUACUAGAUCCCGAAAGAUUCGACCGAGAAUACUUUAUGGUCAAAAGAUGUGAUGUCCUUACAGAAACUCCAAAUAAUACACCAGAUAGUAGUGAAACUCCCAAUCAUAAUCCCAAUCCAAUCGAAGAACUCAAAGUCGGCCAAGAUGAGUACCAAUUCAGAGUAGGUCCCAAAGUAAAAGAACUUAAUAAGAACAUUGAGCUCAUUGAUAAGGUCGACCGACUACUAAGUAUUCAAGGACGUACUUUAGAGCAUAAAGAAGGAACCACCAAACUAACUAUGGUUCCUUUUGACUCAAUUACUUUAGAAACUGAAGACGGUCCCGUUAAAGUCGGCGAGUACUAUGGUACAUUUGACAAGAAAGGCGAACUCACUCAAACUUACAUCAAAGGAGACAAGUGUGAUAUUUGCCGCGGCAAGAACUGGACAGGCAUGGUUACUUACAAGAGCAACCAAGAUCCUCUCCAUCUCACCGGCCCCAUUGAAAGUUCCACCUGUACCUACAAACUCCUGGUCCUUGGUGAAGAACUAGCCGAAACCGAAACGUACCACCCCCUAGAAGUCUCCCAAAAGCAAUCAGCACUUACUCCCAACACCACCAACAACACCACCCCCACCGACACUCCUAACAACACCAACACCAAUUCAACCCAACCCGAAUUUAUUGACCAGGACAAGCCAGAAGACCAUCCAGUUGUUCUAAUAGAUAUACCCCAAGAUACACAACCCAGCACUCUAGAAGAACUAGUUGCCAUCAUUGUAUCUGAUUCCCCCACCAAUACCAACUCUCCCCAAUCUAACUCUCCCCAAUCCCAAUCCAACUCUCCCCAACCCAACCAACCCACUCAAACCACUCAAACCAACCAAUCAGUAACUGACCUAUAA